AUGGCCCCCAAGAAGAAUGACAAGAAGGUUCUUCCUAAGAAGCAGGGCGGCUAUCCCGAUGAUGAGAGUGAGCACGACCCAGAGGCUACAAGCUCCAAUGCUUUCGACCCGUCCAAUUCCGAAGUCUCUCCGGAUGAGGUAGCGAAGUUGUUCAAGGCUCUCAGUCUGUCCGACCAGCUCGAGGUCGCCAAGAAGUUUGAGGAGCAUAUCACUAUGGUGAAGGAGAAGAUGAAGGGCAUCAAGUCCACCAAGCAAGUCCAGAACAAGAUUGACAAUCAGAACAAGAAGUCUGACCCGUCCACCAAGAAGGAAAGCGAUGACGUCAAAGCCGACAAAAGACGAUGGAUUGCUUUGGUCAUCAUCCACGAGGGCAACCGCUUCGUCAUCAACGUUAAGAGAAACAACCGGGUUGGUACAGUGCGUCAGAUGGUUGUCCAUCAGUUGAACUGGAAGAAGAACGCCGCCAUCAAGAUGCUUCGCAAUGGGCAACCCCUUUCUGACAAUGCGUCUCAAUGGACCUUUCUCUACACCCUCGGCUUUGAGCACAACGACGAGGUGACGGUGGAGUUGCUGACCGACACUGUCGUUGAGAACAACGACGACAACGAUAUGAUUGAAGGGUCGGAGGUGGACGAGGAGACGGAUGGUGAGGAACAGAGCUGA